UGAACGUGUAUCUAGACGAACGAAUUAGUCCGAGUGUUGUCUUUGCCGAUGGUGUAAGAAAUAAUAGCGAGAAAAUUUUAUUUGAAUUUUAUCAACUGAAAUUCCGUGUCACCAAAUAGAAGAAUCCGUCAUUCAAUUUAGAUACUAAAAUGGAGCCAAUUGAGCAGAAUCUCGGAACAGAUUUUUCGCAAGAUAUUUAUCAGAAGGCAUGCUCAUUAAGCAUGACAGUAAUAUCAAGUCUAAUGGAACCCCAAAAUACGAAGCCCGAGGAUCGCACUGAUUUUGCUUGCGACAAGUGCGAGGAGAAAUUUGUGUUCCAAAGUCAGUUGAGUACGCAUCAAAUGGCUGCACACACAGACCGCAAUGAUUUUGCGUGCGAUAAGUGUGAGCUGAAAUUUGAACUCGAAAUGAAUUUGAUCAGUCACCAAAAGGAAAUACAUGAAAGUCAAAUUGAUUCUGCACCCAAACAGAGCAAUCCAGUGGUGUUGAGUAUCCACCAAGAAAUAGUCUGCGAAGCUCGCAAAGACUUUGACUGUGACAAGUGCGAGAGAAAAUUUAAGGAUCGUAUUGAUUUGAGCAGGCACAUGAGUUCGGUACACAAGGGUGGUCGCAAAGAUAUCGUUUGCGACCACUGCAAUAAGGAAUUUACUACUCGAGCAAGUAUGGUCAGACAUCAAAGAAUAACCCACGAAGGACGCUUGGAUUUCGAAUGCGACAAGUGUGACAGGAAAUUUGGAUACAAAAGGAGUUUGCUUCAACAUCAAAAAAAAGCGCACGAUUACAUAGGUGAAAACUUCGAGAGAACAUUUGAAGAUCGAAGCCGUUCGAUCAAACGCCGAAAAAUAAGCCAUAAAAAUCGCCAAGAUGACGUACGUGAAAAUUUCAAGGAGACGAUUGUGAUUCUACCCGGUUUGAUCACCCACCAGGAAACAAUCCAAGUAGGUCCGAAAAAUGACGUAUGCAACAAAAAUGAGAGCAAAUUUGGACAAGAACAUCAAUCGCUCAACCGCCAAGAGGCGCUACAAGAAGAUCCCAAAGAUAGCAUAUGCGAAAAUGUCGGAGAGACAUUCGAGGCUCGAAGCAAUUUGAUCAUCCCCCAAGAAAUAAUCCAAGUAGGUCCGAAAAAUGACGUAUACGACAAUAAUGAAAGCAAAUUUGGACAAGAACAUCAGUCGCUCAACCGCCAAGAGACGUUACAAGAAGAUGGCAAAGUUUACUUAUGUAACUAUGCCGGGCAGACAUUUUCGGUUCAAAGCAGUUUGACUAAUCACCAAAAAAUAGUACUCGAAGAUGGCAAAGAUUUCCAAUGUGUCAAUUCCGAGGAGAAAUUUGACGAUCAAAGCAGUUUGAUCAGACAUCAAGAAACAGUCGAGGAAGGUCACAAAGAUUACGCUCCCGAUAAUUGCGAGAACAAAAUUGAACAAAAACAGCAACUGCUUACUCACCUAGAAACAGCCCAAGAAAUUCCCGAAGAUGACGUAAUCGACAAUGGCGAAAAAAACCUUGAACAAACACAACCAUUGCUCGUCCAUCAAAAAAUAGUACUUAAAGAUCCUAAACUGCCCAUCCACCAAGAAACGGCCCAAGAAAGUCACGAAGUUGAAGUAAUCGACAAUGGCGAAAAAAACUUUGAACAAAAACAGCCGUUGCUCAUCCAUCAAAAAAUAGUACUUAAAGAUCAUAAACUGCCCAUCCACCAAGAAACAGUUCAAGAAAGUCACGAAGUUAAAGUAACCGACAAUGGCGAAAAAAACUUUGAACAAACACAACCAUUGCUUGUCCAUGAAAAAAUAGUACUUAAAGAUCCAAAACUGCCCAUCCACCAAGAAACGGCCCAAAAAAGUCACGAAGUUGAAGUAAUCGACAAUGGUAAAAAAAACCUUGAACAAAAACAGCCGUUGCUCAUCCAUCAAAAAAUAGUACUUAAAGAUCCUAAACUGCCCAUCCACCAAGAAACAGUUCAAGAAAGUCACGAAGUUAAAGUAACCGACAAUGGCGAAAAAAACUUUGAACAAACACAACCAUUGCUCGUCCAUGAAAAAAUAGUACUUAAAGAUCCAAAACUGCCCAUCGACCAAGAAACGGCCCAAGAAAGUCACGAAGUUAAAGUAACCGACAAUGGCGAAAAAAACUUUGAACAAACACAACCAUUGCUCGUCCAUCAAAAAAUUGUACUUAAAGAUCCUAAACUGCCCAUCCACCAAGAAACGGCCCAAGAAAGUCACGAAGUUGACGUAAUCGACAAUGGUAAAAAAAACCUUGAACAAAAACAGCCGUUGCUCAUCCAUCAAAAAAUAGUACUUAAAGAUCCUAAACUGCCCAUCCACCAAGAAACAGCUCAAGAAAGUCAUAAAGUUGACGUAAUCGAUAAUGGCCAAAAAAACUUUGAACAAACACAACCAUUGCUCGUCCAUCAAAAAAUAGUACUUAAAGAUCCUAAACUGCCCAUCCACCAAGAAACAGCCCAAGAAAGUCAUAAAGUUGACGUAAUCGACAAUGGUGAAAAAAACCUUGAACAAACACAACCAUUGCUCGUCCAUCAAAAAAUAGUACUUAAAGAUCCUAAACUGCCCAUCCACCAAGAAACAGCUCAAGAAAGUCAUAAAGUUGACGUAAUCGACAAUGGUGCAAAAAACUUCGAACAAACACAGCCGUUGCUCAUCCAUCAAAAAAUAGUACUUGAAGCUACCAAACAUUGUUUAUGUGAAAAUUGCGGGGAUGCAUUCGAGGAUCCAAGCAGUUUGACCAGACACCGAAGAAUAGUACACGAAGGUUUGAUGGAUCACUUGAGUGAAAAUUGCGGGGAGUCAUUUGAUGAUCAAAACAACUUGACCAAACAUCUAGAAGAAGCCCACGGAGAUCCCUUGGCUUCUGCAUUCGACAGUUCCAGGGAGAUAUUUCCAAAUCCAAGCAGUUUGAGUGGAGACCAAAAAUCAGCCUACGAAGUUCGCAAAGAUUACUUAUGUGAAAAUUGCGCCGAGGCAUUUGAAGAUUUGAACAGUUUGACCAGACACCAAAAAGUAACCCACGAUCGUCGCAAAGAUUACUUAUGUGAAAAUUGCGGGGAGGCAUUUGAGGAUCCAAGCAGUUUGACAAGUCACAAAAACUUAGUACACGAAGGUGUCAAUAAUUAUUCAUGUGACAAUUUCGUGGAGACAUUCAAAGAUCGAAGCAAUUUGAUCAAACACCAAGAAAUAAUCCACGAACAUAGCAAAGAUUUUUCAUGUGACAAUUGCGGAGAGUCAUUUGAGGAUCCGAGCAGUUUGAGCAAACAUAAAGAAACAGCCCACGAAAGUAGCAGAGAUUUUUUAUGUGACGAUUGCGGGGAGACAUUUGAAGGUCAAAACAGUUUGACCGAACACAAAGAAACAGCCCACAAAAGUCAUGCUACCGACAAUUGCGAGAACAAAUUUGGACAAAAUCAGCAAUCGCUCCCCCACCAGGAGGCAGUCCAUGAAAAUCGCCAAGAUUACUUUCGUGAAAAUGUUGGAGAGACAUUUGAGAUUCCAAGCAGUCUGACCACGUACCAAGAAACAGCCCAAGAAGGUCCUAAAGAUGACGUAUUCGACAGUUGCGAGAACAAAAUCGAACAAAAACAGCAAUUGCAAUCGCUCACCCACCAAGAGACAGUCAAUGAAAAUCGCCAAGGUUACGAAAGCGACAAGGGUAGGCAGACAUUUGAGAUUUCAAGCAGUUUGACCAGCCAUCAAGAAACAGCCCAAGAAAGUCACGAAAAAACAUCUCAGGAUUCGAGCAAUUUGACCAGACAGCAAAAAAUAAUACACGAAGGUGGCAAAGAUUAUUUCUGUGACUAUACCGGAGAGCAGUUGAUCAAACGCCAAAAAAUAACCCACGAAAUAAGCAACGAUUACGAGUGUGACCAAUGCUGGAUGAAAUUUGGGAGUAACGAGUCUUUGCUCGACCAUAAAAAGACCAUCCACAUGGGUGUCGAAGAAUAUCUCUGCAACCAGUGCGACAAGGCCUUCUCAAAAAAAGGUAAUUUACACUUGCACAUAAAAAAGUACCAUGAAGGUGACAACGAUCACGUAUGCGACAAGUGCGGAAAGAAGUUUAAACAAAAAUCGCAUUUGCUCUUACACCAGAUGGCUAUACACGAGGGUCGUAAAAAGUACACCUGCGAGAGGUGCAAGAAGAAGUUCGGACGAAAAUGGCACUACAUCAAGCACCACAAUACAGUCCACGAACCUCGCCAAAAUUCCAGCCGAAAUAGAAGGUUCGAGCCGGAUCUUGACGAUCCAAUAAGUUGGAUCAACCACCCAAAAAUAGAAAACGAAGAUAUCAAGAGUGAAGAAUGCAAGAGUACACAACAAUUUGGACUUCCAUCCAAUUUGAUCGAUUACAAAGGAGAGGUCCAGAUGAUUCACGAAUAUGAGCCAUCGGACAACUGUUAUAAUUGUUUCAUUUGCCGACACAAUCGAUUGUCAGAUCCUGCAACGAAUGAAGGCGAAGAAAUUGUAAGAAUUAAAAUUGAACCAGGUCUUGAAACAAAUGAAGGUGAAGAAAAUGUAAGAAGUGAAGGUAUAGAAAGUGUAAGAAUUAAAAUUGAACCAAUUUGGUGAAGAAAGGUGAAGAAAGUGUAAGAAUGAAAAUUGAACCAUUUCGGUGAAAAAAGGUGAAACGAUAGUGUAAGAAUUAAAAUUGAACAAUUUUAAUUUUCGCAGUUGUACAUAAUUUUAUCAUGCGAUAUGAUAAUUAAUUUAUAGUAUAAAUAAUAAAUUUUUUUAUACAAAUGACUCAAACUUAUUUCAGUCGUGCGUACUGAAUGGUUAAUAACGUGUAUUCUACAACUGGUAACAAUAUAAGCGCUCAUUGUACUUUACCUGACAAUUGUAAACCAUGUAUACCGCAAAUUUGUCUUAAAUAAAAGUAACAAUUAGGUUAAUACGAUUGCGUCUUAUCUCAAA